CACACACACACACACCACAAUGGAUGCAGUAUUAGGGUCACGAAGAUUGCUGCGGGCUGCUUACCCAAUACUGAGACCCUGGCAGAGGCUGUCUCCUGUCACCCCUGCUUCCGUCACCCACGUCAGCUCCCAUGCCCAGGAGCAGCCCAGGGAGAAGAAUGUGGUGUACAGCUCUUUUCCCUCCAUGGCUCUCCCCACGCAGGACCUUCCCCACUUGCUGUACGAGAGGCUGCAGAAAUGGAGGCACCUCGAUGCUAUGGAGUGCUCCGUAACAGGAAGGAAAUACACGUACGGUGAAGUGCUGGACAAGGGCUUAAGGUUUGGAGGCAUCGUGAACACCUUCCUUCCUCCUGCCUCCUCCUCCGCCUCCCCGGAAGAGAAGAUCAGAACAGUUACCUUCUUCUCCCAAAAUUGUCCGGAGUUCCCCAUAUUCCUGCUGGGGACUCUGGCUACUGGCGCGACCUUGGCUACUAUUAACUCCAACUACACGGCAGCCGAGGUGGCGAGGCAGCUGGCGCACAGUGAGGCAGGCUUGGUGGUGACGGAGCCGCUGCUGGAGGGCAUGGUGAGGGAGGCUCUAGUCAAGCUGGGGAAGGAUCUGCCAGUGGUGGUGAACGGCGUGUCUCAGCAAGGCUACCCUAAUGUGAGGGACAUGUUGGAUGACCCAGCCAGGCCCUUCUGCGACCUGGUGCAGACGCACCCUGAGGACAUGGCGGUGAUGCUGUUCUCCAGCGGCACCACGGGGCCUCCCAAGGGAGUGCAGCUGUCCCACAGGGCCUUCACGUCCAACCUGACCUUCUUCACCCAUCCAAAAAUCUUCCCUUACCAUCCUUCUAAGGAGGGGGAGGCGCAGGAGGUGGUGACGGGCCUGACUCCCUUCUACCAUGUGAACGGGCUGUACCUAAUAACCCUCAUCGGCAUGUACCAGGGAGCCAAGGUGGUCUCCUUUCCUGCCUUCGAUCCAGUCAGCUACGUCAGAGUCAUACGAGAACAUAAGAUUGGAAUCCUUCACUUGGUUCCUCCAAUCCUGAACUUCCUAACCAUGAGUGACAAGGUGACCUCAGCUGAUUUGGCCAGCGUGAGAGGCGCCAUAUGUGCCGCUGCCCCUGUGCCCUCCACCACUUCCAAACUCUUCAAGGAGAAAGCACCCAACCCUAUUAUAUUCCAGGAAGGCUUCGGCAUGACGGAGAUUCUGGGCAGCCACAUGACGCCCCUGGACGAUGAGAGGCUAGGCUACUGCGGGAAAGUGGUGCCCAAUGUAAUGGCGAAGGUUAUCAACGCGGAGGGGGAAGCCUUGCCGGAGGGGGAGAGAGGAGAGCUGUGUAUCAAGAGUCCCUCGCUAAUGACGGGCUACUACAAGAACCCGACAGUCACGGCCCAGACCCUUGACGCCGAGGGCUGGCUGCACACUGGCGACGUGGCGAUACACACUGACGGCUUCUUCAGCAUCGUGGACAGGCUGAAGGAACUCAUCAAGGUGAAAGGCUUCCAGGUCUCGUCCUCGGAACUGGAAGACGUCUUACUGGAACACACGGCCGUGGCUGACGUGGCGGUCAUUGGCAUACCAGACGACCGCGCUGGAGAACUCCCUCGCGCCUACAUCGUGCGCUCCUCCUCCUCCUCCUGCAGCGAGGAGGACAUACACGGCUUCCUGAAGGAGAGAGUGGCGGAAUUCAAACAGCUGAAGGGCGGCGUGAGAUUCGUAGAUGCGCUGCCCAAGAAUCAAACUGGGAAGGUUUUGAAGAGAGAACUGCAGGAAUUAGCGGCUAAGGAAGGAUAAGGAUCUCUCUCUCUCUCUCUCUCUCUCUCUCUCUCUCUCUCUCUCUCUCUCUCUCUCUCUCUCUCUCUCUCUCUCUCUCUCUCUCUCUC